AUGGCGGUUCCCAGCCUGGUGCCCUUUGUCGAGCACCCACGAGUUUGCGACGGCGCCGUCGCGAUAGAGUUGCUGGCCUGCGUGAUCCGCUUUCUACAGGCAGUUCCAAUCAGCAAGGGGCGCUAUGGCCUGGACUUGCAGCCUCUUACACACGUCGUGAUUCACCAGGUGUUGCUGAAGGCGUUGGCUGAACCAUCUGCAUUUAGAAGUGCCUCCAGAUAUUGGAGGCUUGCA